GGGGAUCCCCCAUCGCCCCCGGGGUGGGCUGAGCGCCUGGGGCGGGGGGUGCCCUGUGCGGGCAGAGCCGAGGGGCGGCCGCGGGCUGGGUGCGCUCCCGGCCGCACGCCAGCUCACGGGAUUCUGUUUUGCUUUCUUUUCUUCCCCUUCCGCACGUCCCUGUCAGGACGAGCCCAGCCGUGGUGGGGAGCAGAGGAUCAGAGGCGAGGGCGGCGAGGCCUUGCCCGCGGGCGGUGGCCCCGGUGGCCCCCGCAGCAUUCAGAGCCCGCCCGGUGCCCGCCGAGGAGCAGCAGCAGCGCCCGGGCGGCCGGAGCUCCGCCCGGAGGAGCAGGGGAAAGGCGGUGAGGGCUCUGAGAGCAUCCAUGCACGCCCAGCAUCCCAGGGAGCACCGAGACAGCCCGCCAGUGCACACAGCGGCACUGCCGUGCAGCGGGGCAGGGGCACAGCUGUGCCCAGCUGGGCACAAAGUCGUUUCCAUCCUAAGGUACGAAAGGAAACAAAGCGCAUGAAAGGAAGGAAGCGGCGUCAGCGCUCAGCAGCCACGACACCGCUGGGGAGAGGGACCUGCGACUUCCCCGGUGCUGCGCAGGAGGUCCGUGACCAAACAGGGUUUAAGCCCUGUCUCUGAUGUUUUGGGAACCUCCUCUGACAUGGCUGCCCUUUACAAAUUGAUCCUUGGAUAAGAUCCUAGUUAUCAGCAUGAAAGGAAAAGCUGAACACUGUGGCUGGAAAUCUGCCCCCCAGCAGAAGCCCCGUCCCUGCGAUCGAUAUAAACACGCCUGUGUCGUUUGCAGAGGGUUUGUUUAUCUCCAUGGAGGGCGGAACAUGACCAGUCUGAGGGAUUUUUGGCGCUACAACAUCGCGAAAAAUGAAUGGGAAAUGCUGGAUUGCUCAGGAGAUGGUCCAGAAGAAUUGGAAGAACAUUCAAUGGUGGCUUAUAAGGGCAACCUGUAUAUUUUUGGUGGGAUGGUGGAUUCUGCUUUCACACAAGCAAAAACUCCUCUCUGGACAUAUGACAUUGGUAUGAUACACAAUAACCAGUUUUUUUCUGUGGGACAUUCCAAGUCCAUAGAUUCCACAAGAUGGACAGAGUGCCGUAACGUACCAGCAGAGAAGGAGAGCUUGGCACCAGCUAACAGAAAAGGUCACAGUGCAGUAGUUUACCAUUCCAGCAUGUACAUCUUCGGGGGAUACUUUGGCAUCAAAGGCAUUUCGCAGGAAUUUUGGACUUUCCAUUUUGAUACAGGAAAGUGGUUGUGUGUUUCCAGCCCAUCUCACAACACUGGUCCAGGACCUCGGCAUGGCCAUUCUGCCGUGGUUUAUCGUACCGGAAUGUACCUCUUCGGAGGACUGAUGGGGCUGAGUGAGCAGAAGGACUUGUGGAAGUGGGACUUUGUAAGCAGCAGCUGGUCCAACAUCAGAACAAGCCAAGGACCUCCUCCAGUGGUAGGUCAUGCUUCAAUAGUCUGCAAAGACUCUAUGCUGAUUUUUGGUGGAGGGAUUUCAAAUUCCAGUCCUAAUGAUGACCUCUGGAAGUAUCAUUUCCAUACACAGACAUGGAAGAAGCUUAGUAGUACUGCAAACUUUCCUCCUAAAAUGUAUCACUGCAUCUUAGGAAUUGGUGUUGAUUUCCAGACUACCUCAGAUUUCACUAAUACAUCCCCCAGCCACUGGAAUAACGAUCAGAAGGACCAUGGCCAGCUGGUGCCCAUCCCGAGGCACACUCGCUUUGGCAACUACUUCCGCCAGCGGCCCACAGACAGGGCAUUUGGCAGCAAGGAGAGCAACGCCAUUGAAAUGAAAACCUUCAGCUUGCCUCUGGAGCCAGUGAGCUUCCGUGCAUUUCAGACCACCUCAGAGGCAGAACUGGACCCAAACAGAGACACAAGCCUUUUGAUGAAGGACAAGUCUCUCCCUCUGUUUCCCUCUUCAGAGAGAGAAACUCUGGCUGCCGCUCAAGUUGUGGGUGAAGAGGAGGGAAGUGACUGUGGGUGCGCGACCGCCGGGGAUGAACUCGGCAGCAGCACCAACACCCUGCUGCUCAUCGGGGGCAAACCUUUGUCCAGCUUCGCUGAGAUCUCCUUCAGACAAAUGGAGUUCGAUAGCUCGUGAUCGCUUUGAUUACAAAGUGAAAGAAUAAAUUUCCACCACCGUGGCAGUAGGUGGAAAACCAACUGCUUGCAACUGUCUUCAGCUUCCUAUCAGCAUGCUUGGGAAAAAAAUAAUUAAACGUUCUCAUACUUGCUGUGAACAGAUUUUUUACAAUGUUAACGAAACCCAACAUAUAUUUAAGUCACAACUUGCAUGUAAGUUGUGAUUUCUGAGAAGAGCUUGUUGGAAUGCUGCUCUUUUUGUUACUUUUCUUCUGGUCAGUUCAUAUCCUUUCAAAUUGCAGUGGCUGAUGCUGCUUUGAAAAAUCAGAACUACAAGUAACCCCUACUGGCUCCACAGCUGCCAUUUCAGGGUCAAAGCUUGCUCAUUUUGCACUUGUAUUAGAGGGAAAUACGGUCACAUUUGAGGGAUUUGAUCAAUCUUAAUGGCAACAUUCUCUAAGUUUUUUAAGAUUUUGUUUUCUUGAGUGUUAUUUGCACACUAUAUUUGCAACAAGAGAUAGCCUUACAACACCACAGAAACCAAAUGAACAAGUUAGUGAGUGAAAUCUAGAAGAUAUUCCAGGAUUGUAUAUAAACCACGAGUGCCCCCUGAAAAUCAUCUCCAGCCUUAGACCAGAGGAAGUACAUUAUAUUUGGAAGAACAAAGGAAUUGCCAAGUGAGUGUUGGCUUUAAUGACUGAGCACAGGAUCAAAAGGGUUUGACUUCCCAUAACGGGGUGGGGGGACAGAAAGAGGAGGGCUUGACAGGAGUGGCACAAAGCAUGGGCUGUUCUGACUGGUAACUCCUGUUUUAGCCACAAAGGGAUUUCUGCUUUUCCAACUCCCAUCUCUCUGUUUGUCAACUCAGGUAGUGAUCAUUACACAUUUCCCCUCUAUCUGAGUAAGUCCUGAGUUCAUGUAUAAUUUUUCUUUGCUGAAAAGAAAAAGUGGUUUUUUUGAAAGAUAAUAUUGUCCAGUGUUCCAAGCAUUUAUUUCCAUAGAAGUUACUAAGAUAUGGCCUUCUGACAGAACUUCAGCCAUCUGUAAGAAACGCUGCUGUCUGAAACGACUAGAAAGUGUAAUACUUCUGAAUAUUUGAAAAGAUUGCUUUUUGAAAGUUUCAUAGGAAUAAAGGAUUUCAAGUGAGAAUGUUUACAGAUACUUUUCAUCAUCUCUUCACAAGUAGCUGUCACAUGAAUUCAAUGGGAAAAUUAUAGAUGAAUUCGCAAAAAGCUACAAGAGUUAUUUGGACCAUUCGUGACCCUUAUUUGGAAACAGAGAGGAUUGUACUCUUCCAUUUAAAUAAAGCCUGCUCUGUUUCCUA